AGAUGAACUUGAUCAAUUUCAAAGUUGUUAAGCACAGCAAUGAGAACAUUAGUGGAGUUUCGUGAGUGCUGUUGCUUUCACUAUCCAUAUUUUUGGAGCAACAAUCGUGACUACAUCUUUAUAACACGGAAUAAGGUAACACAGAAUAUGGUCCGCAACCGUUGUGGUGUUUCUCUCUUGAGUAUGGCCACAAGGAGGAAAUCUCAGUACAAGGGUCCAGGUAGUACUGUGGCAGUUAAUCCUAUAGCAGAAAGGAACUAUGAAAUUUUGGAAAAAUUUCAGUGUGGACUUGAACUGAAAGGAACUGAAGUAAAAAGCGCAAGAGAAGGGAAUAUCAACUUGAAAGAAGGAUAUGCUCGAGUGAAAAGAGGAGAACUCUGGUUGUUAAAUGUGCAAAUCUCGCCGCAUUCGACGACUAGUACUUCUUUUAACCACGAACCAAAAAGACCAAGGAGACUUUUGGCACAUAAGUCAGAAAUUAUCAAGUUGCAACAGCGUCAACAAGAAACCAGGCUCACUAUAAUUCCUACGAGAAUGUACGUUGGAGAGAGAAACUUCAUAAAGGUAGAAGUUGCAACAGCAGCUGGUAAGAAGCUGUUCGAUAAGCGAAGAGAUAUAAAAGAGAGAGAACAGAAUCGGGAGAUCCGUCGUGUUAUUAAGUAUAAGAUGUAUGACGAAUAGAAGUGUUCAUUCGAAAGUUAUAAGCUGCAGAAUCUCCGAAUGUCGUUGUUUAAAGACUAUCUUAGGCGACGAGAAGUCUGGAUAAACUUCACUGAGAUUGCGGAGCCCUAACUCUAUUCGUUUUGCCAAUCAAGUAUUUGCUAUCUACAUAAAUAGUGAAAUGUACGAGAAACAAAGGCUGCUCUUACUAACAGGAAGAGAAGCCUUAACACAAAUCUAUUUAUUCGCCUAAAUAGAUAUUCUUUAUUCGGCGGAAUAAAUAACUUUUGUAUUGUUUUGAUUCUCUCUUUCGACAUUUAUGAGAUUGUGC